UUAUGCUUAAGGUAUAAUAGGGAAUAAAUACUCAUAAAACAUAACACAAUAAUUUCAACGAAUAAAAGUACGCUAUAUUUUGCGGCAUUAAUUCUAAAUGGCGUUAAAUAAGUAUAUGCAUCCUCGUAAUAUCUACAAAAUCCCUCCCGAUUUCGGAAAGUUAUCAGUACUAUACCCAGAGUUUGCAGCUAUAUCCAAAACGGAUGUAACUGGUAAAAUAACUGUAGACUUCAAAGAUCCACAUUCACUGAGAAUCCUUACUCAAUGCCUUCUCAAAUCUGAUUUUAAUCUUGAAGUUGAUAUCCCGGCUGAUAGAUUAGUUCCUACAUUACCUCUAAGACUUAACUAUAUUUUAUGGAUUGAAGAUUUAAUGGAGGCUAUUCAUAGAAAGGAGGAUAUCAGAGGCUUAGAUAUUGGAACUGGAGCAUGUGCCAUUUACCCGCUGUUAGGAGCUGUUAAAAACAAAUGGACCUUUGUUGGAACCGAAACUGACACAGAAAGUUUUAAUAAAGCUGGUGAAAAUGUAAAAAAUAAUAAAUUACAAGAACUUAUUAAAUUAACAAAGAAUUGUACUAAGUCUAUUAUUUCUCAUAUUUUUACAAAUGAUGAUAAGGAACAAUAUGAUUUCUGCAUGUGCAAUCCACCUUUCUACAGUAAUUUACAAGAACUGUGUGAAUCACGAAGCCCAGCAAGACUGCCUCCAAAGAACGGGUUCACAGGGUCUCCACAGGAGUUAAUCACAGAAGGAGGAGAGCUAGAAUUUUGUAGGCAGCUCAUCCGUGAGAGUAAACAAUACAGGGACAAAAUACAAAUAUUUACCACAAUGGUGGGCCACAAAUACAACUUAAGUGUACUACUACAAGACUUAAAGUCAGAAGGAAUUACCCACACUCAUGCUGAGUUCUGUCAAGGUCGUGUUACUAGAUGGGGUCUAGCUUGGACAUAUCAAAAUUAUGAUUUAUAUGAAUUAGUACCUCCAAGAGGAAAAUCAAGGAAGAAACAUAAACCAACAAUUUUUUUGUUACCUGUAUUAACAAGCUGUGGAGGUAAUAUUGAAGUUGCCCUCAAUAAAAUAAAAGAGAUGCUUAACAUUUUAUGUAUUGAAUACAAAAUACUUGAUAAGAGAGGAGGCAAUAUCACAUUAGAGAUUGUAGCAAUAAAUAACACUUGGUCCAACCAAAGACGAAAACGAAGACUCCAAAAUAGAACUGAAGCUGAUGCUAAAGUGCCAAAAUUACAUACAGAGCAAGGUUGUAAACUGGUACACAAUCCAACUAGCAAUCAAGUUGAAGGUGAAUCAAAACUUGAUGAUUUAGAGGCACCAAAAUCGGCCCAGAUUGAUGAUAAUAUAAAAAACCAAAAUAAAAUAAAUGAAGGUGAAAGUCAACAACAUAAAAGUUCGAUUAAUUCUGCAAAUAAUAGCAAAACUGAGCCUCUAGUACAUGCCUUUUUGAAAUUACAAAAGAAAGUUGACAAUAUUCUACUGGAGUUAGAGUUUCUUGAUGGUAGUGCUGGAAAAGAAGGCUUACACCAAAUAACACAAUAUAUUAAAAACAAUUGGAAAUAAAAUGUGUUUUAUUACUGACUUUCCUACUAGUUGUAGUUGCAUUUUCAUGAUCUGAAAUAAA